AUGCUCGGCAAUUCUCGCCCCCUCUCUCGCUUCACUUUUCGCUCACUUUGCACUGCUUUUGAGUUACUCGAUUUCAGAGGAGCCAGGCAGGCCUCGAAGCUGAACUCUGUACGUCAGGAAAUUGUCCAUCUUUACUCGCAAAAGCACAAUUCACCGUCAAAGAAACUGGAAGGUGACUGUAGAGAUACUGCAGAUGUGCUUGGAGAACAAGCAAAUCUAACUCGAAGAUCUGCACCUGAGUCGGAAACUAGUUCUAGAAAGAGAGGAGCAGUGAAAUGA